CUUUGCUGUGUCGUGUAAGCCAAUCAGCUUUCAGCAGAAGUGAGUAACGAAAUCGAAUAGAACGGUAAAAGGAAACGAAGAGCUGUUGCCUUCAAAAUAAAAGCCCACUUCGCAAUAGAAAGACUUUGGUUGCUUUUGAGUCUUGCCAUACAUCCAAAUAUCCAUCUUUUCUUUUGCUUUUAGAUUUAGUUUUUACGACAUUAAAUAUGACUAUAGUACUAUAAAAGAAGAAAAAAGACUCGACUUUCACUUGAAAAUAACCAAACGGAAGUCCCUCUCUAAAUGCAUCAGCGGUGACAGCAGCAUCUGGCCGUCACUUUCUAGAAGCUAAAUCUUCUGAAAUCUAACAAUCUGAAGCUCGUAUCUGGUGAUUUUCCGUCUCCACGCGAUGUCGUCCGACGCGCUGCUGCACGCGGCCAACUUCAGCACGCUGUUCGUGUGCAUGGUGCUCAAAUUCCCUCAGAUUUUUGCUCUGAUGCGGGCGAAGUCCACGGCUGGAGUCAGCCUCAACAGCCUUCUCCUGGAGAUGAUCGGGUUCAUCGUUUUUGUCACUUACCAGAUGUACUAUGACUACCCGCCUCCGACCUACCUGGAAUAUCCGAUCCUCAUUGCUCAAGACGCCAUCCUCCUGCUCCUGAUGCUCCACUACAACGGCAGCCUGCGGCACAGCCUCAUCUACGCCGCGCUGUUUGUCGGCGGCUGGAGGCUCCUCACCGUGGAGAAGUGGAUCGUAGACUUGGCUAUGAGCCUGUGCACGUUCAUCAGCGCCGCCAGUAAGUUGGCCCAGCUGCAGUGCCUGUGGAGGUCAAAGGACGCCGGGCAGGUCAGCGCCCUCUCCUGGGCCAUGGGCACCUACACAUGUGCGGCGCGGAUUUACACGACCACGGUGACGACCGGAGACACGCUGGUUCUGAUGCGCUUCAUCGCCAUGACGCUGCUCAACCUGUGGGUGCUGCUCACCGUGCUCUACUACCAGAGGCACGGCAGCCGGGCCAAGAAGGAGGACUAGGACCAAGAAAGAGGACUAGGUCUAAGAAAGAGGACUAGGUCCAAGAAAGAGGACUAGGUCCAAGAAAGAGGACUAGGUCCAGGAGGGAGGACUAGGUCUAAGAAAGAGGACUAGGUCCAAGAAAGAGGACUAGGUCCAAGAAAGAGGACUAGGCUUCAAGGGCCCGAUCCUGGAGACCUGCGGGGACUGACGAGUACCAACGGUUAUGCAAGCAGCUUUUAUAAUACUGACCCAUAACAAUUUUUAAAAAUUAAGGAAGUGUUAUUACCUCUGUAUCGAACCCACAUCUUUUUUUAAAAAGUUUUUAUAACACUAGUGGCUUAAACUAUGCCACAACGUGGAGCGAGAGCAAAGAUCAAAGCAUUGUCAUACUGUGUGAUUAAAUGUGUUUCCUACAUCUUCCUAAAACCUCCUUUUCUGAACUUUUAAUAAAACAUUCUAGCUUCUUA